AUGUCGAUCAAAUCUGACAAAACCCUAAGGAAUGGGGGACCCGAUAAUAGUCCCAAUACUGAAAUCUGUCAAGCGAGGGAGUUGAAAAAGAAGAAACCUAGGGUAUCUCCUAAAUAUAGGGUUGAUGACAUAAAGGGUGAAAAUAUUGAAGUUGAACAAAAUGAAGAAAAUAAUAAAGGGUGUGAUAAUAAAGAAUAUCAUGGGUUAAGUAAAGGAAGUGAGGUCAAAAAGGAAUAUAGUAAACAUGAGACUAAGAACGAGCAUAGUGAACAUGAGACUGAGGGUAAACAUAAUGGGAGUCAGUUUGAGAGGGAUGAUUCUAAUAGUAAGGAUGAAGACUUUUGCCUGAGAGGAGAAGAAGUAUUAGUGGAUGAGGAUGAAGAUGACACGGAAGUUGAAGAGGAGGAAGCAGACAACUAG